GGCCCCAUCAACCCGGCCUCGCUGCCUCCCGGCGACCCUCAGCUCAUCGCUCUCAUCGUGGAGCAGCUCAAGAGCCGGGGCCUGUUUGACAGCUUCCGCCGGGACUGCCUGGCCGACGUGGACACCAAGCCAGCUUACCAAAACCUGAGGCAGAAAGUGGAUAAUUUUGUGUCAACACAUCUGGACAAGCAGGAAUGGAAUCCCACGAUGAACAAGAACCAGCUGCGGAAUGGUCUGAGGCAGAGUGUGGUUCAAUCAGGGAUGUUGGAAGCUGGUGUAGACAGAAUCAUUUCUCAGGUGGUGGACCCGAAACUGAACCACAUCUUCAGGCCACAGAUAGAACGGGCAAUUCACGACUUCCUGGCAGCCAAGAAGAAAGAAGCCGUGCCUGCACCCCCUCCAGAGCCUGACAGCCAAGACCCUCCAGCUCCGUCCCAGGACACGUCCUAAGAAUUUAACUGACACCUUUUGAAAGUGCCAUUUAAUUAAUGGUGAAGAGAUGGAUUCAGUUACUUAGGAGAACAACUUCAGAAUGAAGAUAGUUCAAGGUGGUCACUCACUUCAAGAUUCCAGCCUUGACUGUGGGGUGUGUCCAGACUGAACAAGGAACAAGUCAGGCAGUGGGCAAGUUGCCCGCAUGUGCUCCCUGGACAGGGCUGCCAUUUGCCCAGCCUGUCUAAGGGUUGGGACUCUGUCAAUGACACUACAGAGAUAAAAAGAAACACUACAGCUACUGGGUUGUCCUGAAACAACUUGCAUACGUGAACAUGGAGACUGCACAUGGAUCGAGGGUUGUGCUCUGGGGUGAACAGACGCUGCAAUGAAAGAGCACACCCGACCCAAAGACAGUUUCAAGGUUUGC